GCUCUUUAGACACGCACAACCAUGGACGAAGAGUACGAAGUUGAAUCUAUCACACGGGCUCGUCUUGAUUCAAAAAAAGGUGGCAAAGCACACUGGGAAAUAUCUUAUAAAAUGGAAAGGUUAUGAUCACUGCGAUAACACAUGGGAACCAAAGGAAUCAUUUGUUGAUGGUUCAGAACAUAUGUUACAGGCAUUUUGGGACAGAAUUAAUACAGGUGGUCGCGAUUUCAAUGAUGGUAAACUCUUUAAAAUGGGAGAGGAAUUUGUUCCAAUUGGGCCUCCAAGACAAAGGAAGAGAAAGCGAUCACAGAAUAGACAAAGCGGUGCGCUGAACCAGGAAUCUCCAGCAAGCCGCGCUCUAUUAUGCGAGCCUGAAGAACUAGAGCCAGCUGAGAAGCAAGGACAGAGUUCUUCUGCUCUUGUAGAAGAACCCCAGGCAAAACGUAGGCGAGGAGGUGCUUUCAAGGAGAGACCUCUUUCAAAAGGGGCUACGAAGGAAAACUACAAGCAUACAAUCGCGGGUGGUAGUCUCUCAUCUCCUAUACCUUCCAGCCUUAAGAAAUCCAGGCAGCCGCCGCCCUCGUGCACAAGCGCGAAUAUGGAUGAAAGGAAUAUUGUUAUCAGUUCAGAUAUGGACGAUGACGAGCUGUUGAUACCUUCCCCGGAGUUGACUCGUGGACGCUUCAGCGGUACUCGCGACUCGGGAGAGGUUGGUGCAGGCAAUGGCUUUGCCGACCUACAACACCCUGGUAAUGACGAGGCUUCAAUUCGUAUUCAACCGUCAAAGCUAUCUCAGUCUCCCAAAGGCGUCACAUCUCCCAAUUCAUUGUUUAGUGGUUCUCCGCCGUUCGUUGACCGUGCCGUUCAGGACAUAGCUUCCCUUCCAAGACCUUCUACCACACCCCGAGUGCCUUCUCAUCGUGCACGAGCUGCUCAGCCUUUGGUCAGAUUCGUAGAUGACCCACUAUCUGUGCCGCGCGGAGAAGGUGCUAUAUCUGUGAAGGCUCGUUUAUUGGGGCGGUCUGCUCAGGGGGGCACUCAAAAUGGAUCCUCAUCUGGUAUGGCUUCGUCUAUGGCAUCUCAAUCGCCCAAUUCAAGCAGCAGACAUGAUCGUCCUGUAAAAGGGCGUCCUAAGAACAGGAGUUCUUUGUUAACAGCACAUAAAGGCGAGCUGACGACUGUGAAAGGGACCUUCAAGCCGCCUCCGGCUGCAGACCUAUCGCUGGAAAACUCUGAUCCUGCUGGCAACGCUGCUAUUGACAUAGACCAGGAGCUUUUUGGUGUUGAGAGCGAAACAGAAGAGAUUGGUGACAAAAGGGAAGAAAAAGCCAAGGUCAAGGCCUCUGAGCCGGCACCCUCUGGUGAUGAGUUAUUGCAUAUUGCCGGAAUAAACGAGGACGCCACAAAUUUAUCAGAUUUUGAAGAAGAUGCUCCUGCUGGAAACCCAAAAUCCAGUGCGGCCGCAGAUGCAGAAGCCCCGCAAAGUUCUGUGGAGGUAAACAAGCAGACAAGCCCGUCUGCUCUGCCCUCGUCGCGUGAUAUAUCUGCAGCAUGGAAGUCGUCCACUAUCUUUGGUCCCUUGUAUCUCGGUGUGUCCAAUAGUCAUGCUUCCCCACCAGGGACGCAUAACGACAGUGCCUCUCGGCCCGCAUUCUCUGUGACUUUUAAUACUUCAAUGUCCAUCCCAGUAUCCUUCAAAGAUAUAUAUACCAAAAACGGUUCUGCUGCUCUUGAUACAAUCAUUGAUAACGUCCGGACAGGACCACCUGGUACUUUCUAUGGGCAGAAUUGCGCCCUUUCUCUCAUUCAUACACUGCAAGGAGAAAGGACCGGUGCGCGGGUCACGGCAGAAGCUUCUGAAGGCAAUGAAGGGGAAAAACAGUUUCUUCACUUCUAUAAUCGGCUACACUCCGGGGAAGUGGUGCGUCGGGUUUACAUUUCUUGCAUUUCCAUGUCCUACUAACUUGGACUAUUUUCUUUUCAUAGUUCCUUAUGAUGGCAGGCGCUGAACCUCUGGUUUUCUAUUCUGCCAAUAACGAGCCUGCUGCUGAAUGGUUGGCUACCCCACAAACGUUGGUAGGAUUGCCGAAUACAGUUCUCGUAUGCUGUGUUUCAAUUGCAAAUCGGUUGAGUUUUGCAGACGUCGCUUUCCAGAAUUCAAAAGAAACUGUACCGUGGUCAUCGUCCUACAAUACUACUCUCACAUCAGCUUAACAGCUCAUUAAUUGACAUCGUGACAUCGCACUGUGUAUCAUUAUUCACAUUGUCUGACUUCUUAAUGCAUUGAAAUACUGUUCAUAC